AUUCGGGAAACCCGGCCUGGAAGAACUCCAUAUAAAUACCUUGAUCGUCCAAAGCUUUUCCAAUAAACAAAGUCCCUCUUCCCAAAUUCCAAGUAUCUGCAGCGAGGGGCUCUAGAUUUUGCGAAGACGGGACGCUAAUGAAGAAAAGGAAACAAAAAGGCAGGACACAGAGAAAGGUAAAUAGAAAAAAGGGCAAGUUGAUGGAGGUCACCAACACAGACGAAAGAGCAGUUAAUGUGGACAGGAUCUCUGAGUUGCCUGAACACAUUUUACAUCACAUCCUUUGUCUUCUCCGCUGGCCAACAGAUUUAGCAAGAACUAGCAUUUUAUCUAAGAAGUGGAACAUCAUUUGGCAAUCUUUCACAUCCUUUGAUUUUGAUCAGAGGCGCUUCCUAUGUCUAAAUGGUGCAGAUAAAUGGGAUCAUAUCCAACCUUUACCUUUGGAUAAACAGAGCAUAAUUUACAAACAGGUGUUUAGGGAAUCCCUGGGGGGUCCAGAGAUGCCACUAAUACAAAAGUUCAUUCUGUUUGUCGAGAAUACCUUAACAACCAGAAUUGACCAGUUGCCAAGUAUACAAAAAUUCAGGCUGCAUGUCUUCUUUUGUGUUGAUCUUUUCAUUCCCCUUAUGGAUCGCUGGAUAAGUAUUGCUACUGACAAGAAUGUUAAUGAGCUUGAUAUCCAUGCAAAAAUGAGUGGCAAAUUUUACGUUCUGCCUCAGGCUGUCUUUGCGUCCAGGACAAUUACUUCAUUGAAGCUCUAUGGAUGUGGAGUGGGUGAUUCUGCUGCCAUAAAGCUCCAAAACCUGCGGGAGUUAUCCAUGAAAGCAAUGUGUAUCAAUGAGAAUAUAGUCCAUAAGUUUGUCCAUGGAUGCCCUUUGAUCGAGGAUAUGCGACUGAUCAAUUGCUAUGGUUUGAAAUUCGUGCAUAUUUCAUCUCUGCCUAAACUAAAUAAGUUUGAAGUAUAUGAGCGAUCGAGCCUCAGGUCAAUCAAACUUGAGGCACCCAAUCUUGAGACGUUUUUGUUCCAUGGGAAGAAAUCUUCAAAGUGCAAAUUAAUGUUAGCAGGGUGCAGAAAUCUUAAGAAUUUGACUUUGAGGCAUGCACAUAUGUCGGAUAAAACCUUUCAGGAGCAUAUCUCCCACUUCCCCUUACUUGAAAAUUUGUUCCUGUUGGAAUGUCAGACGUUGCAGAGAAUUACAAUAUUGAGUGACAAGCUGAAGAAACUCUCUUUGGUAAGGUGCCACAAACUAAAGGAAGCCAAUAUUGAUGCAUCAAAUCUACUUUCAUUUGAAUAUACUGGGGCUGAGCUCCCUUUUUCUUCCAUGAAUGUUUCACGGCUGCAAGAAGUGAAGCUUCAAUUGAAAUCCCAAAAACAGAAGUUUGUGCAGAAAUUCAUUGAAGGGUUUGAUGGCAAAGGUUUCAAGUUGUUUCUUGCCUCCAAACAGGAUGUGCAUAUCUAUGAUGAAUUGAGAGGACUUCGUCUUCCUCAUUCCGGAGUAUACAAGAUACAAUUGACUAAAUCAGCAAGAAUGCUGGAAAAUCUUCUCAAUGGCCACUUGCGAGAUUUUUACCCAAAAAAUCUUACCUUAAAGACAUCUCUCACAAGCGACCUCCUCGCGUUCAUACAGGAGAGGAGAUUGAACAAAGAGAAGACUCCUAGCUGUUGUAAAUUUUACUCAAAGAAAUGCUGGCGGCAUUAUUUAGAAGCCAUUAAAAUGUCUGAGUAUCCAAAUGCUUCUUGUGCGGAGAAUCCUAGUAUAAGCUUGGAAUUACUAUGGAACGAGGAUUUGCCUCUGCUGGAAGACUUGGGGAUAACAAGAGAGUUUCUGGUGCACAAGGAUACAGAGCUAACGGAUACAGACGAGUAAUAUAUAGGACAUGUAUUCAUCAGCUGUAUUUAUCAAGUCAUCAAUUUGGACUAAUUUGCGUUUUUAGAUUAUUUUACUAUCAGAUGAUUUCAUCGGAUUUUGGUUGAUCCCGCCCCUUAUCUGUCCCAAACUGAGCAUGGUCAAAAUGAAGAACGUUCUUUUCAUGGGAGUA